AUGAUGGCAGGUGAGACCGCCGCCAAGGGAACCAUGGGCAUUUUCAUCAUUUUUGUGCUCUCUCGCGCAUUGCAUCCCAUGGUCAUUGACUAUUCCAAGGAGGAUGGCAAGAUGCUCUACUCCAAGAACUCUCCUGCAAUCAUGAGUCAGCUCCUCUCGAUGGUCUUCGUGAACUUCUUGGCUUGGCAGGAGGAGGGCAUGAAGGGUGUGAAACCUGCAUGCUGGCAGAUUCCCAAGGGCGCUUCGAUCUUCAUCCUCAUUGGUCUCUGGUAUGCCUUUGGCGACUUCUUGGAAAUGCUUUCCAUGGGUGCGAUGACGGGUGGCGUGUACCAGCUCUUGCUUCAAUCCAAGCUCUUGAUCACUGCGGUGAUGAUGAAGCAGCUGAAAGGCACCACACAGAGCGACCUCCAGUGGAACGUGCUGAUCGCUGCCACCUUAGCGAUCUCAGCCUUCGUCAUGGUUGACUCCGGCAGCGGCUCGGGUGAAGGCUCCCUUCCUCUCAUGGGCGUUGCCAUGGUCCUCCUCAAGGUGGGAGUGUCAUGCUACGCAGCCGUGCUUUCCGAUGCGAAAUUGAAGGGCUUCAGCAACAUGUCCAUGUCCGCCAAGCUCUCCUUGAUGUCGCUGUCUCGUGUGAUUGCUUCCGUGGGCAUUGCUGCAGUCAUGGAGCCCAGUGUGCAGCCAUCAUAUCAGUGGAGUGCAGCUGGAUUCUUUGAUCACUGGACGUUGGCCACCUGGAUCGUGACGGUGUCCUUUACCUCCAAGUCCUUGAUUACGCUCUACUUGUUGAAGUCAUUGGAUGGCAUCCAGAAGAACGUGGGCGAAGCCUUGGCUGUCAUUGUGAUCUUCCUGGGACAGAUUGCCGCCGGCUCCUCCGUCUUCAACCUUUGCGCCUUCUUGCUGGCUUGCUUGGUGGUGAUCCUGGUGCGAAUCUAUGGCUUGGCUGGCAAGGUGAAGGCCAAGGCAAUCGAGAUGCCAAAGGCCAAGGAUGCCAAGGUCACAGAGGUCAAGGUGGUGGAUAUCAAGAACACGAACUCUCCAGUUUGA